AAUUCCUCUGAGAGCCACAAUUGUGCCAAAAGCAUCUUGACCUCAGACAGGCUGCAGAUAGUUGUGACCCUUUCGGAGUUCUUCAAUGAAACCUGGGAGGCAGCCAACUGCGCAAAUUGUUUAAAGAAUAACAGUGAGGGAUUAUCAAAUUCUACUGAAGAAUUCCUGGAUUUAUUCAAUAAAUCUCUGACAUGUUUUGAACAUAAUCUUCAGGGGCAAGGCAUGGAUCUAUCACCAAAUAACUACACAGAAGUGUGCAAAAACUGCAACGAAACCUACACGAAAUUGAAUGACCUGUAUAACCACCUGCAGAGGCUGAACAGGCAAGGUGGUGAAUCUGCUCACUCUGCACACUUGUGUAUUGACGUGGAAGAUGCAAUGAACAUCACUCGGAAGCUUUGGAGCAGGACUUUCAACUGUUCUCUUCCCUGCAGUGAUACAGUCCCAGUGAUUGCAGUUUCAUCCUUUAUCCUCUUCCUACCUAUUGUUUUUUAUCUUAGUAGCUUCCUUCACUCGAAGCAGAAGAAACGGAUACUCAUUUUGCCCAAGCGCAUCCAGUCAAAUGCCAAUCUUGUGAACAUCCAAGAAAAAUACAGCUGAGCUGCAAAACAAAACCUGAGAGCUGCUGCUGGUAUACAGUGGGUACAAUUGUGUUGGAAUGAGGCCGGCACAAAAGAGGAGUUAAUUAUGGUUUAGUGUAAUGAUACAGAGCAACACAAGUUAAACAAAAUGCUGUCUGACUUCUAAGCAAGGAUAUUAACAAACAUGACAAGGCAGGGCUGUGUGACACUGUAUGGACUCUGGUUUUGAAAAAUCUGUGGUUUUUUUCUUUCAGUCUUGGGCUGAAGCUGUGUUUUUGUGUUCCUAAGCUUUUGUACUUCACAUUGGUAGAAUAGCUACACUUUCCUUGCAUGGUAUUUUCCUAUAUUUGUUCCACAAAAACCUGAGAUUUUGAAUCUUUUUGAGGUGAUUUUGAUAGACAGACAAAAUUUCAAAUAAUGUUUUAUGUUUCUGCUUAAGACAUUACUUUUAAUUCCACAUAAUAUUCAGACUUGGGAUGGAAGGAACCCUUCAGAAAAGUUCCUAUCUUUCCUGUACCACUGAAAAGUCAUGCUGCUGGCAUCUGUUAAAAAAGAGGCAUGAAAUAUGCAGAGAAAGUGGCAAUAUAUAGGAUCUAAAACGGCAACAGAAGCAGCACAACUGCCAGUGCUGGACUUGAAUAGUAAUUAUUGAUGGCUACAGUAUUCUGUUUUCUCUGGAACUGGUGGCAUAUUUAGUCUUUUGCACACUUUAACCACUAAAAUUGUUGCUUUUCAAAUCUUACAUUUUCAGAAGGUAAUUUUACAUACCUGCUUGGGUAACAAGGUUUCACUCUCUGUUCAUUAUGCCAUUUCCUUUCCUUUUUCAUUCUAAUGUUUUAGUGGUUUUUUUGUUUUGUAGAGGAGAAGUGAGGUAAAGUCAAGUCACUGGAAAUGCUGGAUUUACUGGUCUAGAGCUUGCUAUGGCUUAAUACAGAGGUGUUUACAGGAACUUUGUCAGGUAAAAGUUGUUUUUUCUGGGUAAUCUGUUUUAGCAGUGAGUGAACCAGUGGGUCCUCUUACUCAAAAACUGUUGUGAAUAACAUGAAUACACUGUAUUGGGAAUUGGUGACUUUCAGGAAAUAGUUUGAAAAUAUUACUCCCAUAAAAUAGAUGGAUGUAAACAAAUUGAACUUGGAGAACUCCAAAGUGGAUGGAGAAAUUCGUGCAAUAACUGCAGGGAUGGGUGGUGCUGCUGUCAGCACCAAAUUGUGGGCACAAUUUGAUGGCUGCAGCAAUCGUGGCUGUUCAGUUUGUUUAUUGUAUUUCUGAUUUGGGAGAGUGGUCGUGUUUAAAUUAUUUAUAGCUGUACCUGAGGUUAAUGAAUGCCAGAGCCUUUGAUCCAAUUUUUCAAUGUAUUUUCUAACCUGGAUGUAAAAAAGAAUGGUCAUUACAGCAAAAAAAAAAAAAAAAAAUUAUUUUGGAAUCUGUGUCUGAUGUCUGUCAAAAUGUCCCACGAAGUAGUUGUAUUUGAUUUGCUUUGGAGCCUAUAAUUUUGAAUUUUUCCUUUGCACUAAGGCUCAAAUAAAUAUAUAACAGUGUAACCAAAGCUCUUCAAAUAAUUUGUUUUAUUUUUUUAACUUUGUUCUUUUUCUUCUGUUAGGACAUGCUGUUGGUGUUGAAGUCAAGUUUAACAAGUUUAUUAAGUAGUACAUUUAAUAAUAAGUAAAAUACUGUGUUAGUAACUGGUCCCACCAAUAUGAUUGCCUUUUUGUGUUUUAUCAGAAAGCAGUAUCUCUUCGUUUGUGUAACAUGUGAACUACUAUCAGCAGUCACUUUGUUUUAGGUAGUUUACAGCAUCGAUAUAAAACUGUUUCUCUUGUGUAACAGUACCUUCAUUUGGCUGGGAGAGGCAUGCUGCCUUUUAAGAAAAAAAAAAAGUAUUUUUUAUAUCUAUUAUUCUUAAACUUCAACUUUGUGGUACUUACUCAGCUGCCUGCUGUAAUAGCAUUACAUUGAUUUGGGACAUCAUAUGAUUGAGAGCUGUUCAAAGGAAUCUUUCAUUCGUGCAGAUAAAGCCAGUUUGUAUGUGCAGCAUUUCAGAAUGACAGCUUUAUACUGUAAGCGGUGGCUUUUUGAGCACAUUCAUGUUAAGUAGGUCUGAAAGUCAUUACUUUUGGAUAUGGUGGUUAAGCACUUUAAAAAAAAAUCAGCUUUUCUUAUUUUCCUGGCUCCUAAGCCAAACGGAAAUACUCAUGUGACUUUAAACUUUCUUUACACAGUGUUAUAUUUUUGGUAGGCUAUUUCAUAUAUAAAUUGAUUGAAUUCUCUUUAUACUCUAUUUGCUAGAGAAAUGUGGAAACAAACAGAUUUUGAAAGAGAAAUAGAAUUCUUUUUGCUGCUAGUUUUUAAUUUUUUUUCCUUUUUGGUAUUAUAUGUAUUAAAAAGCAUAAACUUUGAAAUACUGGUUGUUUGUAUUUUUUUUUUUGGUGGAAAUAAAGAUUUUUUACUGUGGGGGGUAGCACUUUGAUUCUUAUUUAUACUUAGUAGGAAACCCCAAAACGUGCAAAGUCAGCUCGAAUAAAGAUUGUCGCUAAGCAGUGAA